CCCUCGCUGCGCCCCCGCGGGCAGCCCCCGGACGGCCGGAGCCGCGGGAGGGACCCCGGCGGGGAGGGCGGGGGCGGGCGCCCGGCCGCCCACGUGGCGCCCCCCGCGGGAGCUCUGGAGGGGCGCCGCGGGACAGACGGACAGAAGGCCCUCCCGGACCAGCGACGCCCGCAGCACGCGGGGAAGGCGCGGGCCAGGGGUCACGUGGUGCCGGGAGGGCGGGGAGGCGCCUGCGCAGCGCCGGCCCAGCGGCGCCCACGCUCUCGCGGCGUCUCCCCCACAGUCUCGCGGCGUCUCCACGGUCUCGCGCCAUCGCUCCCAUCGUCUCGCGUUGUCGUCCACGAUCCCACGUUACUUCCCUCCGGUCUCGCGGCAUCUCCCCACCGCGGCCUCGCCUUGUCUCCCACGGUCUCGCGCUGUCCCCGCGGUCUCGCGGCACCUCCCCCGAGUCUCGCGCGGUCUCGGGCGCCUUUCCCGCCGGCCUGAGGCGGUUUGUGGCGCGGCGGCCAUGCAGCACGACCCCCCGAAGCGGCGGCCCGAGGCGCGCCUGCUGGACGUGUCGUCCUUCGCCAGGGACCUGCUGGCGGGCGGCGUGGCGGCCGCCGUGUCCAAGACGGCCGUGGCGCCCGUGGAGCGCGUGAAGCUGCUGCUGCAGGUGCAGGCGUCGUCGCGGCAGAUCCGGCCCGAGGAGCGCUACAAGGGCAUGCUGGACUGCCUGCUGCGGAUCCCGCGCGAGCAGGGUUUCUUCAGUUACUGGCGUGGCAAUUUGGCAAAUGUUAUUCGGUAUUUUCCCACACAAGCUUUAAACUUUGCUUUUAAGGACAAAUACAAACAAAUUUUUAUGUCUGGAGUUAACAAGGAGAAACAGUUCUGGAGGUGGUUUCUGGCUAACCUGGCUUCUGGUGGUGCUGCCGGAGCAACAUCCUUGUGUGUGGUCUAUCCCCUGGACUUCGCCCGGACCCGCCUGGGAGUGGACGUCGGGAAAGGGCCUGAGGAGCGACAGUUCAAGGGUCUCGGGGACUGCAUCCUGAAAAUAGCAAGAUCAGACGGCAUUGGGGGCCUGUACCGGGGCUUUGGGGUCUCGGUUCAGGGCAUCAUUGUGUAUCGAGCCUCUUACUUUGGAGCUUAUGACACAAUUAAGGGCGUACUGUUCUUAUCCAAGGAAACCCCCUUUCUGGUCUCCUUUCUUAUUGCUCAAGUUGUGACCACAUGCUCCGGGAUACUCUCUUAUCCCUUUGACACAGUGAGACGACGCAUGAUGAUGCAGAGCGGAGAGGCUGAGCGGCAGUACAGAGGCACCCUGGACUGCUUUGUGAAGAUGUACCAGCAGGAGGGUUUCGUUGCAUUUUUCCGGGGGGCCUUCUCCAAUAUCCUUCGUGGUACAGGAGGUGCUUUGGUAUUAGUGCUAUAUGAUAAAAUUAAAGAAUUUCUUCAUAUUGAUACUGGGGGUAGCUCAUCAGGAGAAUAAAUUGAGAAAUGCAUAAAUUUAACUUGAAGAACAGCAAAUCACAUAGCUGCUGUUUGUAUACAUUUUGAUGUAGUGUUAUUACUAUCAGCAUUUAUGCAAAGUGAUAAUUCUGAAAUCGGAUUUUUGUCAAGAAUUUAAAUACUGAAAAUUAGAAAAAUGUGGACUUUCUACUGUUACUUUAAUGAGACGUUUUGCUUAUAGGUAGU